GAGAUUCUCUGUGACAUCCACCAAGAUGAAGCUGCCAGACCAGGAGGCGUUUGAUGCCUCCAGCACUCAUGAAGAUGUUCCUGCAGGGGAGCUGGAGAGUGGCCCUAGCUCAGACCCCAGACCUGAUGGCCCCUUAGACACAGACAACAAGGAACUGGAGGUACCCAAAGACCCUCUGCUCUUCAUUCAGCUGAAUGAGCUGCUAGGCUGGCCCCAGGCAUUGGAAUGGAAAGAGACAGGCAGGUGGGUGCUGUUUGAGGAGAAGCUGGAGGUGGGCGCAGGCCGAUGGAGUGCCCCCCAUGUGCCCACCCUGGCACUACCUAGCCUCCAGAAGCUUCGCAGCCUGCUGGCCGAGGGCCUGAUACUGCUGGACUGUCCAGCUCAGAGCCUCCUGGAGCUCGUGGAGCAGGUGACCAGGGUGGAGUCACUGAGUCCGGAGCUGAGAGGGCAGUUGCAGACCUUGCUGCUACAGAGACCCCAGCACCACUUCUCGACCACAGGCACCAGUCCCUGCUGGGGACCUACUCAUCCUAGAAAGGCUUCUUAUGAUGAGGAAGCUCCUCUGAAGGAACAGAACCCCCUGAGACAGAAGCUGCCUCCAGGAGCUGAGGCAGGGGCUGUGCUGGCAGGGGAGCUGGGCUUCUUGGCACAGCCCCUGGGGGCCUUUGUGCGACUGCGGGAUCCAGUGGUGCUGGGGCCGCUCACUGAGGUGCCUCUCCCCAGCAGGUUUUUCUGCCUCCUCCUGGGUCCCCCCAUGCUGGGAAGGGGCUACCAUGAGAUGGGCCGGGCAGCAGCUGUUCUCCUCAGCGACCCGCAAUUCCAGUGGUCAGUUCGUCGAGCCAACAGUCUUCAUGACCUUCUGGCAGCCUUGGAUGCCUUCCUAGAGGAGGUGACAGUGCUUCCUCCAGGUCGGUGGGAUCCAACAGCCCGGAUUUCCCCGCCCAAAUGUCUACCCUCUCAGCAUAAAAGGUUCACCUUGCAAGUGCAGGUCAAGGGCCUGUUGCCCCCACACAGGGCCCCAGCUGAGGACAGGCACCGUGAUGGGCCCCAGGCGCCCAGCGUGGAGUUGCAGCGAACUGGCAGGCUGUUUGGGGGCCUUGUUCAGGACGUUCGCAGGAAGGCUUCAUGGUACCCCAGCGAUUUCUUGGAUGCCCUGCACCCCCAGUGCUUUUCGGCCAUGCUCUACAUUUACCUAGCCACCAUCACGAAUGCCAUCACAUUUGGGGGUUUGCUGGGAGAUGCCACUGGAGGUUCCCAGGGAGUGCUGGAAAGUUUCCUGGGCACAGCAGUGGCUGGGGCUGCCUUCUGCCUGAUGGCCGCCCAGCCACUCACCAUCCUCAGCAGCACUGGGCCAGUGCUGGUCUUCGAGCGUCUGCUCUUCUCUUUCAGCAGAGAUAACAGCCUGGACUACCUGCCCUUCCGUCUGUGGGUGGGCAUCUGGGUGGCCACCUUUUGCCUGGUGUUGGUGGCCACAGAAGCCAGCGUGCUGGUACGCUACUUCACCCGCUUCACUGAGGAAGGUUUCUGUGCCCUCAUCAGCCUCAUCUUCAUCUAUGAUGCUGUGGGCAAAAUGCUGAAUUUGACUCAUGACUAUCCUAUCCAGAAGCAUGGGUCCCCUGCCUAUGGCUGCCUCUGCCAAUACCCAGGUCCAGGAGGAAAUGAGUCCCAAUGGACGAGGACAAGGCAAAAUGAUAGAGAUGACAUCUUCAGCAUGGACCUCGGCUUGGUCAAUGCAUCCUUGCUGCCCCCACCUGAGUGCGUCCAGCGGGGAGGCUACCCUCGUGGCCCUGGCUGUCAUACGGUCCCGGACAUUGCCUUCUUCUCCCUCCUCCUCUUCUUUACCUCCUUCCUCUUUGCCAUGGCCCUCAAGCAUGUAAGGACUAGCCGCUUUUUCCCUUCUGUGGUACGCAAGGUGCUCAGUGACUUCUCCUCAGUCCUGGCCAUCCUCCUGGGCUGUGCUCUUGAUGCCUACCUGGGCCUACCCACGCCGAAGCUCACGGUACCCAGAGAGUUCAAGCCCACACUUCCUGGGCGUGGCUGGCUGGUGUCACCUUUUGGAGCCAAUCCCUGGUGGUUGAGUGUGGUGGCUGCCCUGCCUGCCCUGCUGCUGUCUAUCCUUAUCUUCAUGGACCAGCAGAUCACUGCAGUCAUCCUCAACCGUCCAGAAUACAAAUUGCGGAAAGGAGCUGGCUUCCACCUGGACCUCUUCUGUGUGGCUGUGCUGAUGCUGCUCACUUCAGUCCUUGGGCUGCCCUGGUAUGUCUCAGCCACUGUCAUCUCUCUGGCCCACAUGGACAGUCUUCGGAAAGAGAGCAGAGCCUGUUCCCCUGGGGAGCCCCCCAGUUUCCUGGGUAUCAGAGAGCAGAGGCUGACGGGGCUGAUGGUGUUCAUCCUUACUGGAGUCUCCAUCUUUCUGGCACCUGUUCUCAAGUUCAUCCCGAUGCCUGUGCUCUAUGGCAUCUUCCUGUACAUGGGGGUGGCAGCACUUAGCAGUAUCCAGUUUAUAAAGAGAGUGCAGCUACUAUUGAUGCCAACAAAACACCAGCCAGACCUGCUGCUUUUGCGGCAUGUGCCUCUGAGCAGGGUCCACCUCUUCACAGCCAUCCAGCUCGCCUGCCUGGGUCUGCUUUGGAUAAUCAAGUCUACCCCUGCAGCUAUCAUCUUCCCCCUCAUGUUACUGGGCCUCGUAGGAGUCCGAAAGGCACUGGAGUGGGUCUUCUCAUCACAGGAACUCCUUUGGCUUGAUGAGCUGAUGCCAGAGGAAGAGAGGAGCAUCCUUGAUAAAGGGCUGGAACCAGAGCACUCAUUCAGUGGAAGUGACAGUGAAGAUUCAGAGCUGAUGUAUCAGCCAAAGGCUCCAGAAAUCAACAUCUCUGUGAAUUAGCUGGAGUAGGAGCCUAGGAGCGGAGACCCCAGGAAAUGGAGCAUGAGUUCACAGGUGUGUACUAAAGAAGUCAGGACAGCUUUGCCCUUUGGCUUAACUUCCACAUGCUCAGUCAGCUGGGGACCUGGAACAAUGGGGCAGAACUGAAGGGCAGCUGGCCAAGAGCUUACCUCCUGAGCUGUGACCAGAGUGGCAGGGAGCAAGGAGGUUUGUUGUGUGCCUAGGAAAGGCUAGUGAGCCUUCCUCAUUCACUCUCUACCCAUUAUAGGGGGCUAUGCUCAGAAUCUCUUUCCAUUUUUAAUGUUCUGUCCUCACAAAUUCUCUUUUAUAGACUCUAGGAACUGUCAGGGAACUCUUUUCUACUUGUGGAGGAGAGAAAAAUGUCCUUCUCCACAAUAAAUACUCUUCUAUUUGAAAUAGCUUUUAUACAUACAAAAAAAUCUUUAUUAUUGUUUUUUAUUUUACCAUAAAAGCAAAGGAGAUUACUAGUAAAUAUUGAAACACCAUGGAAAAAAAUAAUUUUGAAAUGGAAACCAUCUCAGAAAUAUAGUGUACAGUAUAUUAUUCAGAUUUAUUUCAA